UGCGUUAUUGGAUGUCCAAAAAGAAAAAGUUGUUAGUUAGUUUUUUAAUUUCAUCCAAACCAAAAUAUCAUUUCCAAUCUAAACCAAUAAAACCAACCAACCCAAGCAUUCAAUUCAACACAUCAUCAUCUUGAAGUACUUUCAUCUCCGAUAGUAACGGAAUUCCAACCCAGAAAUCUCUAAAAUACCCUCCAACUUCCCCGACUAUGUUGCAGAGACCCAGACGCCGUUGCGAAGGCACAGCCAUGGGCGCUAUCGUUCUUGAUCUUCGUCCCGGUCUCGGAAUCGGUCCUUUCUCCCUCGGGAUGCCUAUAUGUGAAGCAUUUGCUCAGAUUGAACAGCAACCUAAUUUGUAUGAUGUGGUGCACGUCAAGUAUUUUGACGAGGAACCCCUGAAGUUGGACAUUGUUAUUAGCUUUCCUGAUCAUGGUUUUCAUCUUCGUUUUGAUCCGUGGUCUCAGAGACUGCGCCUUAUUGAAAUAUUUGAUGUAAAGCGGCUUCAAAUGCGCUAUUCUACUUCUUUGAUCGGGGGACCAACAACACUAGCUACUUUUGUUGCCGUUUAUGCACUGUUUGGCCCCACAUACCCAGGGAUUUUUGAUAAGGAUAGAGGCAUUUACACGCUGUUUUACCCGGGGCUUUCCUUUGCAUUUCCUAUUCCGGGUCAGUUUACAGACUGCUGUCAUGAUGGGGGAGUGGAAUUGCCGUUGGAGUUUCCUGAUGGGACAACACCAGUUACAUGCCGCGUUUCUAUAUAUGAUAGUUCCUCUGGUAAGAAGGUCGGCGUGGGGUCUUUAAUGGAUAAGGCUUCUGCUCCUCCAUUACCUACUGGCAGCAUUUACAUGGAAGAGGUCCACGUUAAGCUGGGGGAAGAAUUGUACUUCACUGUUGGCUCCCAACACAUUCCUUUUGGUGCAUCCCCACAGGAUGUGUGGACUGAGCUAGGACGUCCCUGCGGUAUUCAUCAAAAGCAGGUAGAUCAAAUGGUUAUACAUUCUGCCUCUGAUCUUCGGCCACGGACAACUAUCUGUGGAGAUUACUUUUAUAAUUAUUUUACUCGUGGUCUGGACAUCUUAUUUGAUGGGCAGACUCACAAGAUUAAGAAGUUUGUGUUACAUACUAACUACCCCGGUCAUGCUGAUUUUAAUUCUUACAUGAAAUGCAACUUUGUCAUCUAUUGCUCAGAUGCUGUCGGAGGAUCUUUUCAGGAUGUAAAUAACAGCAAACAGAGGGUUAUUACACCUAGCACAAAGUGGGAACAAGUGAAGGAUAUACUUGGGGAUUGUGGGCGAGCUGCAAUUCAGACACAAGGUUCUGCCAGUAACCCAUUUGGUUCUACUCUUGUAUAUGGAUAUCAAAAUAUUGCUUUUGAGCAGGUGAUGAAGAAUGGUUAUAUUGCAACAAUAACUCUCUUCCAGUCAUGAUGAUGGGGCUUUUGGAGUUUGGUUACACUUAGUCUUUCUGCCUAUCAUUCCAAAGGUUUGCGAAGCGUGGUUGCGGAACUUCACAAGGAGUAGCAGGCUUUGUACGUUCACUGUGUAAAAAAUCUGAAUAGUUCAAUCGGCACCAUCGUUAUCGUGUCAAUGGGCUAUGGUAAAUUUGUACAGCUGUGUAAAAAAUUGUACAUAUAAAUCAUGUAAUUAACUGAUAUUGUCUUUGCACAAAGCAAAUACAAUAAAUUCCUAAUGCUUAACUUCCAGAUGGUUUCACUUUGUAAGAUUCUCUUUUACUUU